AUGGCAGCUAUGAUGGAUUUAUACAAUAACACACAACUUCACUUAGAUCAAUACUCAGAUCUGUUCAGAGGUGAAUUAAUGGAAGUUCUUGAACCUUUUAUCAAAAGUCCUUCCCCGAAUUCAACACCAUCACCUUCUUCUUCUUCUUCUUCUUAUUCUCUCUCUGAACCUUCUUUCUCUUCUUUCCCUUCUUUCUACAAUGAUGGUUGUACAACAUCGAUGACCCAUGGAUUUACAAACGGGUUAUCGAAUAGCCAGAACUUCAUAGGCUUUGUUCAACAACCAUCUUCUUCUCUUCUUGGACUUAACCAUUUGACCCCAUCUCAAAUCAACCAGAUCCAAGCACAGAUCCAACACCAAAACUUUACCUUGCAACAACAUCAACAACAAAAGAAUCUAAGUAACACUCUUAGCUUCCUCAGUCCAAAGCCAAUCCCUAUGAAGCACGUGGGUAAUACUCCUACAAAGCCCACGAAGCUAUAUAGAGGGGUGAGGCAAAGGCACUGGGGAAAAUGGGUUGCUGAGAUCAGACUCCCUAAGAAUCGUACCAGGCUUUGGCUUGGUACCUUUGAUACAGCGGAAGAAGCUGCUUUGGCUUAUGACAAAGCUGCUUAUAAGCUUCGUGGUGACUUUGCUAGGCUUAAUUUUCCGAAUCUCAAACACCAAGGUUCAUGUAUUGGUGUUGGUGAGUUUGGUGAGUAUAAGCCUCUUCCUUCUUCUGUUGACGCUAAACUUCAAGCUAUUUGUGAAGGUUUAGCUGAGAUGCAGAAACAGGGGAAGUCAGAGAAGCCUAAGAAGACACCAGCGGCUCGGUCCAAGGCUGCAUCCAAGGUGGUACCUUCGCCGGAGACGGUGGAGAAGUCUGUUGUUGAUGAUUUGAAGAAGGGUUCUGAUUCUGGUUCAGGUUCAGAAGCGUGUUGUAAGGUUGAAGCUUCGAUUUCUCCGGUGAUGACCGAGAGUGAAGGCUCCGAAGGUUCUUCGCCACUUUCGGAUCUUACUUUUGGUGAUGUUGGUGAACCACGGUGGGAAGGUGAUUCGGAAAAUUUUAAUUUGCUGAAGUACCCUUCUUAUGAGAUUGAUUGGGAUUCUCUGUGA